AUGGUAAAUGACCCAAAUCAUAGAGUGAAGUGUUCAUGUACUGUAAGUCAACUACAUGAGGCAGGACUCAAAUUUGAAGUUCAUCAAGGCAAAGGCAUAUUUGAGCUGGAAUGUUCUAAGGGAGUCUUCAAAAUACCAGUCAUUGCUAUUAAUGGGUUGACAGAGAUUAUGCUCAGAAAUUUGGUUGCAUUUGACCAGUGUCAUCACUCUUUUAUGAAGUGUUAUGUUACUAACCACACAACACUCUUGUAUAAUCUUAUCAAAACUGGAAAGGAUGUCGAAAUUCUUGCUGAAAAGGGAAUCAUGGGCAACAUUUUGGGGGAAAAUAAGGAUGUGGUGGCUACCAUGAUCAUCGAACUUGCCCAAAAUACUUUGACAGGAGCCAAUAAUGCUAAUUAUCGUGAUGUAUAUGUAGAGCUGGGUGAAUUUUAUAAUAACCGUUACCACAAGUACAAGGCAACCUUCGUGCACGAUUACUGGAGCACUCCUUGGGAAAUAAUAUCUUUGUUUGGUGGAAUUCUGCUACUUUCACUCAUUUUGAUCCAGACAGUAUGUUCUAUCAUCACCUUAUUUAAGAAGUAG